AUGGCUAUGGUGUGUCUGUUGGACUUUGAAGCUUAUGCUGAAAAAUAUUUACCUAAGAUUGCUUGGGAUUUCUUUGCAGCGGGAGCAGAUGAGUGUAGCACCCGAGAUGAAAACAUCCUGGCAUAUAAAAGGAUUCGUUUUCGGCCACGUAUGCUGCGAGACGUAUCUAUGCUGGACACUAGGACUAAAAUCCUGGGGACUGAAAUCAGCUUUCCAGUAGGAAUUGCCCCAACUGGCUUCCACCAGCUAGCAUGUCCUGAUGGAGAGAAAAGCACAGCCAGAGCGGCCAAAGCGAUGGGCACCUGUUACAUUGCCAGCACCUACUCUACCUGUUCUCUGGAAGAGAUUGCUGCAGCUGCUCCUGGUGGCUUUCGGUGGUUCCAGCUCUAUAUCCACCGCAACAGGGCAGUCUCUAGGCAAUUGGUCCAACAGGCAGAGGCCUUGGGCUUCCAGGGCCUCGUCCUUACCGCGGAUCUGCCCUACACUGGCAAAAGGCGCAAUGAUGUCCGUAAUGGCUUCCAACUUCCUCCCCACAUGAAACUGAAGAACUUGGAGGGAGCCUUUGAGGGAAAUGACCGAUCUGAGUACGGACUGCCACCCAACAGCCUGGAUCCUUCGGUCACCUGGGAUGAUAUCUACUGGCUGCGGAGCCUGACUCACCUGCCCAUCAUCAUCAAAGGGAUCUUGACAAAAGAAGAUGCAGAGCUCGCAGUGAGGCAUGGAGUUCAGGGAAUUAUCGUGUCCAACCAUGGUGGAAGGCAACUGGAUGGAGCACCUGCCACUAUAGAUGCUCUGGUUGAAGUUGUGGAGGCAGUACGAGGCAGAGUUGAAGUUUAUUUAGAUGGUGGUAUACGGAAAGGAAGCGAUGUAUUGAAAGCACUGGCAUUGGGAGCCAAAUGCGUCUUUAUUGGAAGACCAGCUUUAUGGGGUCUGGCUUACAAGGGUGAAGAAGGUCUUCAAGAUGUUCUGAGGAUUCUGCAUGAUGAGUUUCGUUUGUCAAUGGCCUUAGCUGGCUGUGCCAGCAUCUCAGAAAUUGGCCAAGACCUGGUUCAGUUUUCAAAGCUGUAAACAGUCUCCUGCAACACCUGAGCAUAAGAAGCCAAUGACUGAGGUUCCACAACAGACUGAAGAGAGAGAAAGAAGUGAAAAUAUUGAGUAUAUAACAUGACUGAGAAGGACUUCAGGAAACUCUUGAGGCUAUUAGGAAAGGCUCUCUGUAUUAGCAGCAAUCACUAUUUGCUUUUUUGAGACCAGUGUGUUCUUUAACACUUCAGACAGAUGAUACCCGUUUAAAUACAUAUCAUUUAAAGUGACUAUUCCCUGACAUUAUCUGCGUUGGGCAUUACUCCCAAAAUCGGUUCUGUCUGGCAGCCAGAUUGCAGCUCAAGCUACAUACUUCUCUACUCCAGGAAGUAUUGUGGCUGUAUCUUCCAUCGCCUGGGUUUUCUUGGAAGAAUUCAUAGCAGAUACGGAAGCUAGAUAAAUCAGAUAACAGACACUGUAUCUCCCCUUUAAGGUGGAGUAGGUAUUGUCUUCUUCUGAAUGUAGAGAAACAAAGUGAUUAGUGACCAAAGCAAUGGGCUCUGCUCCUAUGCAGAUGGUUAAUACGGUCUGUACACUUGUCAGAACAGUGGAUGCACACAUCUUCCAAGUACAGCAUAAGUUUGUGGCAUUGCAUAAAUGUAUCAAAUAAAUGGAUCAGA